AUGUGCGAGGCGGCGCGCGAUGGUCCGGCAGACGCGGUGCGGAGCUUCUUGCGGGAGCAUCCUGCGCUGCGCCUCCUGCCUGCGGGGGACAAAGUCCGCUGCGCCCUGACCGGCCACGAGUUGCCCUGCCGGUUGCCGGAGCUCCAGGCCUACACGAAUGGCAAGAAGUACUCGCGGCUGGUCCAGGCGGCCGGGGCGCUGGACUACGGCGAGUAUGGGCCGCACAUCGUGCCCAGCACUAAAAACCCCGCGCAGCUCUUCUGCAAGCUCACCCUACGCCACAUCAACAGGAUCCCGGCGCACGUCCUCCGCCACGUGCAAGGCCGGCGCUAUCAGAAGGCGCUGAGAAGGUAUGAAGAAUGCGAGAAGGAGGGCACGAAGUACGUCCCCGCGUGCUUGCUCCGGAAGCCCCGUCCCCGGGAUGAUCCACCGGCAGGGAUCCACCGGCAGUCCGAUCGGAAGGGAUCCUGGGAGCAUCCGUCCAGCAGCGAGAGCAGCGGAACGGACGACAGCAUGAGCGACUUGUACCCGCCUGGGCUUUUCCCGGAGAAAAAUCCAGCAGCCAAGGGAAGGAGCCGCGACCGAAAGGUGGCAGAGCCAUCGGUGGAUAAAAGUGUCGCGGAGGGAGAGAGAGGGGAUCCCAUGGAGGUGGAUUUGCAAACAGGCACCAAAAGGGCAAAGAGACAAGCAGGUCCCUUGAAGAAGAAGCUCAAAAGUUGAAACCAGAGACCCGGAAGCUUUGGGAGAGACGUCUGUGGGAAAGAGACGUUUCUUGACCCCACAAAACACCGAUUGUGUGUGGCGGAGGGGCUGGGGAAAGAAGACGGGUUUAGUCUGCCCUAA